GAGGGGCCGGCCUGGGACGGGACGCCGGUCGGCGCGCAGGCUCAGGUCGCGGCCGCUUGCAACUUGCGGAGCGGUUUUGUAGCCCGUGCCUCGGCCUCUGGAUCCGGUGCGUCCGGCCGCGUGAGACAGACUCGAGUGGGAGGCCGGCGGAGGUGCGGCGCGGCCCCGGGGCCGCAGCCUUCGCAGGCGCCCGCCGCCCAGCCGCGCCUUCGCAGCGUACUCCAUGCAUCCGGAGCCUGCCCCGCCCCCGAGCAACAGCAAUCCGGAGCUUCCCUUGAGCGGCGGCAGCAGCAGCACCAGCGGCAGCCGCCGGAGCCGUCGCCGCAGCGGGGACGGGGAGCCCUCGGGGCCCCCGCCGCUGUCGCCGCCGCCCGCCGUCAGCUACCCGGACUGGAUCGGCCAGAGUUACUCCGAGGUGAUGAGCCUCAACGAGCACUCGAUGCAGGCGCUGUCCUGGCGCAAGCUCUACUUGAGCCGCGCCAAGCUCAAAGCCUCCAGCCGGACUUCGGCUCUGCUCUCCGGCUUCGCCAUGGUGGCGAUGGUGGAAGUCCAGCUGGAAGCAGACCAUGACUACCCGCCGGGGUUGCUCAUCGUCUUCAGUGCCUGCACCACAGUGCUGGUGGCCGUGCACCUGUUCGCACUCAUGAUCAGCACCUGCAUCCUGCCCAACAUUGAGGCUGUCAGCAACGUCCACAACCUCAACUCUGUCAAAGAGUCACCCCAUGAGCGCAUGCACCGCCACAUCGAGCUGGCCUGGGCCUUCUCUACUGUCAUUGGGACGCUGCUUUUCCUGGCCGAAGUCGUGCUGCUCUGCUGGGUCAAGUUCUUACCCCUCAAGAGGCAGCCAGGCCAGCCAAGCCCCACCAAGCCCGCUCCUGAAUCAGCCGUGGUCGUAGCCAACACCAGCAACAGCGGGAGCAUCACCCCAGGCGAGGCGGCCGCCAUCGCCUCCACUGCCAUCAUGGUCCCCUGUGGCCUGGUGUUCAUCGUCUUUGCUGUUCACUUCUACCGCUCACUGGUCAGUCACAAGACGGACCGGCAGUUCCAGGAGCUCAACGAGCUGGCUGAGUUUGCGCGCUUGCAGGACCAGCUGGACCACAGAGGGGACCAUUCUCUAACACCGGGCACCCAUUAUGCCUAAAUCCUCACCUUCCCUCUGGCCCUGUGGAGCUUUGUCCUUACUCCCUUCCCCGAGACCUUGUCCUGGCUCAGUCUGGAGGACAGGACGGUCUGUGUAGGCUUCACCAGGGCAAUGUGUGGAAGAAAGAGGCUUUAAAAAAAAAAAUCACUGCACUUUGAGACUUUCUUCUGUGAGAAUAAGCACUCCCUGUUCUUCCGGCUCGGGGUGCCCCUCCUGAUAGGAGGUGGGGGUGGGGGGUGGAAUGGAGACAGAUGAUCUCUUUGUCCCUUCUCCUCCCCUGCACCAGUGCCACCCGGUUGCUUCCUGUCCUGUCCUCCUCAACCUCCUUCCUGGUUCACCAAAUGUGCGUGCGUGCGUGCGUGCGUGCGUGCGUGUGUGUGUGUGUGCGUGUGCGUGCGCGUAAGCGUGCACGUUUCUCUGUGUAAAAUGCAUAAAAUAUAUUCACAAGGGACA